GAUUCACCCAGGACCUCGCGAUAUUCAACAUGAAUAGCUGAAGUGUAAGUAGACGGAACGAUUGAUUCGAAACCCUUUCGGUCGUUGUUUUUUCCAUCAGUCCCGAUCGCCCGCCGUCGAUACUCUGGUAGUCAACUCUCUGGCCAUGACCCAAAAUCCAAACCAUCACUUCUCUCAGUUAUUUAUCAGAAAAUGGACCAAGUCACAGUAAAACAAUCCUCGUUGCUCUGAACAGAAGCAAAUGCCACAGCUCGAUCCAAGCUACAGAGAUGUUUGCUAUGGUGCCCAUCUCGCAGCCUGGAUAUAUCGAGUCGUGAACGAGACUUCAUACGCUGUCGUCGUUUUGCUUCAAGGUUGGGAUGACACCACGUUACGGAACGGUCGUCAAGUUGUCAUGCAACCCAAGUGAGAUCUCGAUUCCAAGCGGGAAUAAUUCAGACGACCCGGAGUGUUUCCUCCUGAACCGCGAAAAGGAACCACUAUGCUUGACCGUAGUUCCAUGCGAGAUCGGUCGAUGGCCAGAAGAGGCAAUUUGAUGUCAAAUGAUCUUUUCCAGCACGCUUAUCACUUAUAAAUGUUGUCGUUUAGUAAGAAAGAGAGAUCUCCCUCGGCAUCAGCCUUGAGUUGCAUGAAGCAAGAACACGCUCAGACCUACCAUGGAGCGAUGAAGUAAGUCAGUGCGCCCCCAGAAAUCGCCAAGAUGGCAUGAAAGUGAAUCAUUCGAGGCUAUAAUGACUUGCACCGGAUCUCAAGGCUUGUAUCGCGACUUGCCUUGAGUAGCAACCAUUUACAACAAGAGCGAGCAAAUCUUCCGAGAUGCUGUGUCUAGUUCUCCUCUGAAAGUCGGCAAACAGAUGAGCAGUUACUGUUUCGUUACCGAGCACGAUCCAGCGCAGUCCGCAGGAAGCCGACAAGCUGCCAGUCAGCACCUCGGCCACCAGCAUUUAGGGGCGACAGCUCUCGUUAGCCAGAUACCUGGCUAUACGAGUCUCUCCCUAGCUACAUGCCCGGGCACAAUCCCAAUCACGACGCUAUUAUGAAGUCACAGCCAAAGACACAACAGCAACAACAACAGCAGGCAAAGAAGAAACUCGGAAGCCGGAACCCCCAGUGCUACUUCUGCUGUUGCUGCUGUUGUGGGCUCGUCCUUACCUUGGUCGUGCUAACAUGCGGCUUCUUAUCUUUCAUGUUCACCAUCCUCCCAUUGCCGGAUACUGUAACUCCGGCAUUGUAGGACACGACUGAGGAAACACCCUCCGGCUUGUUGCUUACUUCUUUUUCUCUCCCUUCCCCCUUUUUUACCCUUUUUCUUUCUUGGUCUAUCAUGACCGCACCUUCACAUCGUGGCCCCAUGAGAUGACGUCGGCUCUUCGAAGGCUACCACUCCCUUGUGAUCAGCCAACAACAAGAUCGUCGGAGAAGAUACCCCGUUUUGAUCGGUGUGGACAUUGGAGUCGAAGUUGCGCACCCGUCCAUCAGUAAACCCGUUGGCGUCUUCCUCACAAUCUCUUGCGGCCUUACACGAACGAAUACACAACUUGUUAAAAAAAAGACAUUAUCGGUAUCGCUAUCUCAACC